UGCAGGAGCACAGAAAGAAUCUCUGGAAUCUCAUGUCAAAGAAUUGGUGCUGAAAAAGGAGAUAGGCAAAGGGUCUUAUGGCAAAGUCUAUAAAGCUGUGUGGAAGGGACGUGACGUUGCAGUGAAAAGGUUUCACUCUGUAUUCUUCCAAAAAAGCUCCUGCCUGCAAGAACACUAUAUAGAGCAAUUUUGGCGAGAAUGCAAUGUUCUAAAGCUUCUCGAUCACCCUAAUGUAGUAAAACUACACACUGUUUUAUUUCCUAAAGGACUCUCACCCAUAAUAAUCACUGAAUUACUUCACUGUGACCUGAAAAAGUACAUUAGAGAGUCCACAACCAUGCCAAAAAUCCCUGAAAUGAAACUGAUUUGCAUCGCUUUAGACGUAAUCGAAGGUCUUAAUUACAUGCAUGGCUUGGAGCGUCCUGUUGUGCAUCGUGACUUAGCAACAAAAAAUAUAUUGCUAACAGAGCAUGGUAAUGCCAAGGUUGCAGAUUUGGGGGUGGCCAAAAUAUUUGAAGCAGGCUGUGAAAUGCAUGCCACCCAUGUUCCAGGAACACCACUAUACACAGCUCCUGAAACAUACCCUGUCACGAAGCAGUUUGAGGUGGUAGGAAAUGCAAAGUAUGGUCCUAAAGUUGAUAUAUUUUCUUUUGGUGCGGUGGUUAUGGCUAUGAUUGUUGGACAUGAACCAAGUGUGUGGCCGUUAACUCCAAUCACCUUAGGUAUGUUUUGAUGCGAGCAUUUUUUGUUCCAUAAGUUGCAUUUAAAAAGGCUGCCUAACUCAUUUAAGAAGUGGUAGACAUAAUGAGUUAUCGAUGUACACAGGAGGUUGCUUUAAGCACAAAACAAGCACAGUUGCUUGAGAUGUACCCUAGAACAACUCUAGCUUCUUGAGUGCUUAGAAACCUCCCAAGCGCAUUCAUAACUUGAUGAUUGCAUGGCUACCACAGAAUCACAGAAUCAAAGAGAACAACUUUACCGGUAUUAGUCCUCACAGGUAGGAAAAGAUUUGAGUGUUAUUAGUACCAAGGCACUAUGAUGCAUGCAAAUCAUUCUUCACAAAGUCGUUUCUUUCAAAAGUAUCUUUUCACUGAAUAAGUACUUUUGUGCAGGCUUUCUACAAUACCUAAAGCUAUAAUUCCAGUUAAGUACAUAUCCAUGUAUCCCUACAAGUCGUACUAUCUGCCGAAUACAGAUCCCUAGAGAGGGAGGGAAAGGAGCAGUGGUGACUGCGUGUUCUUUUUUGCUAGAAAUUCUAUUCUAAUCACAGAACUUGGUUACAAUAUUAGAGACAGUUUGAUAUGGAGAAGUCCCAACUUAGAACUUACAUAAAUUUAUUGAUUUGACGCAAUAUAUCAAGCAGGAGGUGCAGUGUUUUAUCACCAGAUGAAACACUGACAAGAGAGUUGAAAUACGACGCGCAGCGGAGUAUUUUUGACAAACUUAAAGGUUGUUUCAUCUGAUGAUGAAACACUGUGUCGAAUGCUCAAUAUUACUAUUCAAACAAAAUGAUUUUAGAAAGAGAAACGAAGGAUGCAAAAAUGAGCAGUUUUUCAUCUGAUUUCCAAACACUCACAUUUCCUUUGUGUUUUCUGUAUGAAUUAUUAAUGAGUUUGAAAAGUUCAUUCUGAAAAAUCAUUAGUCAACGAAAUCUUCUUUAACACCCUUUUUUCUCUUUAAGAUAAAGGUAAGAGAUACCUUUCCUAGCCGUUGCAGUAUUGAGCAAAAUAAAUUUGCAGUAUUGCCAUACAAUUUGUAGUUUGAACUUGUAAGUUGCUCUGAACAAACUGCCCAUCAAAGCACCCUUUUUGCAGAACAAUGUUGCAACAGUCUGAUUGUGAAGUUCCCUUCCUGGUUACCUACAAAUCCCUGCUACAAUGAUAUGUUGCCCCAUGGCCACCUCAAUAACUCAUAUAUAUUUAGAAGAAGUAAGGAAAAAAUAAAGGCCUUCAUAAUAGGAUAUUCAUGACAGGUCACCCAUCCAGUUCCUAACCCCGCCUGACCCGGCUUAACUUGAGUGGCACUACUAAAAAGUGAGUUUUGCAAGGGUAAUGUGAGAUACAUAUCUCUUGUAAAACAGUGGACUGUUUAUUUAUUUGGCUGAGGAUCUAAGUGGCAAAGUGGAUAAAGGGAUCUGUAAAUCAUUAAUUUUUUUUAAUCUAUUAUUUUGAUAGAUAAAUCUGUUUUAAGUUAUUAUUUAAAAAAUCAGAUGAAAAUUUUUAUUCCUUUAAGAUGGUGAGAUGAUCAGUGAACAUGUCCGACGCAAAAGAGACAUCACUGAGAUGGGGGAACAUUUCUUGAAAAAACUGGUGUUAGGAUGCUUAGAGAAUGACAGUACAUUGAGACCUGACAUCAAGGACAUUAAAGAAGAACUUGAAAGGCACAAAUGGAAGGUAGUGAAACGAUCAAGUUUGCAUGAGGCAGAUGAAGAAGUUCAGAUUGAGAAAGUUGGACGCCAACCAUCAUACGAUUACAAGUUCAAGGUGCUUUUUGUCGGAGACAGAGGAGUUGGAAAAUCGUGUUUAUUCAAUCGUUUCAAGAACCCUUUUUUCGAUAUUUUUUUUAGCACCACAACUCUAGGGGUAGAGAUUGAUCAAGAGUCUUUCAAAUAUGGCUCCAAGUUUGUCCGUUUGGAAGUGGUUGAUACUGCGGGUCAAGAACAGUUCUUUUCUGUGCAGGCUAUGUAUUUCCGUGGUGUCCAUGGCAUUUUCUUGGUCUGCGAUGUAACUAAUCGGACAUCAUUUGACCACAUUCCUCGAUGGCUUAACUUAGCAAAGACUUAUUGCACAGAAAGAAAUGCAUUGAUUAUCAUAAUUGGGAACAAGACAGAUCAAGCAGAGAAACGGGUAGUUUCCUCUGAGGAAGGCCAUGAAAUUGCCAAAAGUAAUGGCCUAAGCUACAUGGAAGCAAGUGCACUGGAUGUGAACACUAUUGAAGAAAUGUUCAAGACCAUGAUUAACCUCCUUACAAGAUCAGUUGAUCUUGGGUCAAUGAAAAUUGAACUAAGUGAUGCAAGUGGAAAAGUAAACUUGAAACCAAUGACCAAGAAGUCUAAAUUUAAAUGUAGUAGAAAGUGAUUUCCUUGUGUAGGUAGAACAACUAGAAAAAUUAGCAACUACCGGUAAUUUUUAUUCAUGGCGGUUAGUUGUGCAUGAAAAACCCGACUGUAUAAAUGGGACCCUCGCCACUGUCUGCUUAUCUCAUUCAACCCCUGGAAAUUUUUGUUUUAAAACCCCAUUUGAAGCUAGUCAAGCCAUUUUUUGGUCACUUUCUGGCCAAAAAAAACUAAACUUGCCCAAAAUUUUGUUUACAAGUCUAACACUGUGCUGGCUUUAGCCUGCACCAAAGACAAAACUUAACUCUGGUUAAGUUUGUCUGCAAAACAGCACCGAAAUCCUUGUCCUGAGACCCCGCCUGUGCACCCCCCUUAAUACGCACCAUGCUUGGCCUGUUAAAAAGCCAUUGUUGGUUUGCCAAACAGGUUGAAAGGAAAUUUGAAACGUUGAGGGCCGUUGAGGGCCCAGAACAAGGGUCUUGGUGCUUCUUUGCAGACCUCACUAACCGGGGUUUGAUUACAUCUGUGGUGCAGGCUAUGCUGGUCUUUUUUUAAAUUUCCCUGAGUUCAGGCAUGCAGUGACAUGGCCCCCUCUUGCUUAAUAUGGGGCCUGCACAAUACAGUCAUGUUUGACCGUGCUUGAAAUGCCCCUGGCCUAGAAAACAGCCCACAUUUCACGACGCCACCACUGGUUUCCCCGUGAAAUGACGUCUGAGAAACGAGUGCAGAAUUUCCAUACUGAUGACAUGUCACUACUCAGAUCUAGGUAGUACUUCUGGUUGAUUGAGGCAAAUUUCCCAUUUAGCACCACCAGUCAGAAGCACUAUCCAGAUCU